GAGAGCGGUGACUCGCGGGCUGAGCAGGAAGGAAACCGCUCCCGAGCGGCAGCCGCGUCUCCCGGCCGUGCAGCUGCAGCCACCCCCGCUCCUCCGCCAGUCCGUCCGCCCGCAGCAUGAGCGGCCUGCGAGUCUACAGUACGUCGGUCACCGGGUCCCGCGAAAUCAAAUCCCAGCAGAGCGAAGUGACCCGCAUCCUGGAUGGGAAGCGCAUCCAGUACAAGCUAGUGGACAUCUCCCAGGACAACGCCCUACGGGAUGAGAUGCGAGCCUUGGCGGGCAACCCCAAGGCCACCCCACCCCAGAUUGUUAAUGGAGACCAGUACUGUGGGGACUAUGAGCUGUUUGUGGAGGCUGUGGAACAAAACACGCUGGAGGAGUUCCUGAAACUGGCCUGAGCCAAGCCCAGGCUGGCCAACCGCAUUCCCUCCCCACAUUCCCCAGCCCCCAGCCAUUGUGGGCCAUGAAGGACCUUGUGACCAACUCCCUGUUACUCCUCACCUUCUGCCCUCGGAGCCCUGUCCCGCAUCCCAAGCCUCUCCUCCUCCCUUUAACUGUAGCCCCCUCUCCUCAUUCAGAGGCAGCAUUCCUGACCCAGGAGUCUCAGAAAUUGUCUUAAGCAACAGCCCAAGUGCUGGCUGUCUCAACCUGGCCCUGGGACUGCCACCCUGCCUGGCACUGGCUAAUGGGCAUCUUUGUUGGUUCCAUUAGCCUGGGCUCUGCCAAAGGCCCCGCAAUCCCCAACCUGGGAGCACCCUAGAGACAAUUAAAUGUCCCAUUCCA